CAACUCAGUAUUGCUUUCUUUAUUCUGUUUUACAGACACUAGUUCAAGAAAUAAGAUCAAAAGGAAUGCAAGGAACAAGAGGCAACUAUGGACAAUUGUCAUACUGGGAACAUCUCUUGCAACGCUUACUUUAUGCUUGUUUAUUCAUCUAGCAAGGACAAAGCUGAUGAGGAAAGGGGGGGAUUUAUUGCAAUUUAAUUUAGAAAUGACCAUAAAAGAUGAUAAUACGGAGUGCAGUGAAGAAAAUAGUCUUCGAAAUUUUAGUUACAAGGAAGUCAAAUUGCCAUUAUUCAGUUUUAGGAGUGUUGCUGCAGCGACACAGAAUUUUUCAGCUGCCAAUAAGCUUGGGGAGGGUGGAUUUGGUCCUGUUUACAAGGGGAAAUUGUUGAGAGGAGGAGAGGUAGCUGUGAAAAGGCUUUCAAGAAGAUCUGGACAAGGAUGGGAAGAGUUGAAAAACGAGGCACUCCUUAUAGCCAAGCUCCAACACAAGAAUCUUGUUAGACUUUUGGGAUGUUGCAUUGAACGAGAUGAAAAGAUUCUAAUAUAUGAGUACAUGCCCAACAAAAGCUUGGAUUUCUUUCUCUUCGAUCCAGCCAAACGUACGAUGUUAGACUGGGAGACACGUGUAAGGAUCAUUGAAGGGGUUGCUCAAGGACUUCUGUAUCUACACCAGUAUUCCAGGUUACGAAUCAUUCAUCGAGAUUUGAAGGCUAGCAAUAUUUUGUUAGAUAAGGACAUGAACCCCAAAAUAUCAGAUUUCGGCAUGGCAAGAAUCUUUGGAGGAAAUGAGUUAGAAGCAAACACAAAAAGAAUUGUUGGAACCUAUGGUUAUAUGUCCCCUGAAUAUGCUCUGGAGGGCCUCUUCUCAAUCAAAUCAGAUGUAUUUAGCUUUGGAGUGUUACUGCUUGAGAUCGUGAGUGGCAGGAAGAACACUGGUCUUUAUCAAGCUGCUGCUCUCAACCUUCUUAGAUAUACAUGGCAAUUAUGGACAAGCGAAAGUGGAUUGAACUCGAUGGAUCCAGCAUUAGACAACGAUCCAUCUACAUCUACACCUGUGCUGUUGAGAUAUGUUCAAAUAGCUCUGCUUUGUGUUCAAGAAAGCGCAACAGAUAGACCCACCAUGUCUGAUGUUGUUUCAAUGCUCAACAAUGAAAGUGCCUUCCUGCCUUCUCCGAAACCACCUGCUUUUUCAAAUGUGAGAAGCGCCAUGGAAUCAAGGUCACCAAUGAGAAUUCCAGAGACUGUCAAUAACGUGACAAUUACAGUUUUGGAAGCUCGGUAAGUCAGAGAAAAAAGCACUUUAAUAGAAUAUUGGUGUAUCAAUUCGUCGAUUUACUACUUGAAUUAUGCCUUCAAACCACAGAUUAGGAUGCUGAUAUGUGGAGAAAAUUAGUCAAUAUAGCGGUUACAGUAAGUUAGUUGGCUUAUAUCAUCUGUUUUACAAAGCUAUUUAUGAUGUGCAUUAAUUUAUUAUUUUAUUUUAAAAGAUUA